CGCUGAAUGUGUGCGGCCAUAUUUGAUUUUGGAAGGUGGAUGUGUAUUUGAACCGUGCAAAUAUCCUUUGCCAUCCGAAAUUAUUUCGCAAAGCGGAGUACUGAAGAAGAAUAGACUUAGUCCUCAACCUUUAUCAAUACUGAGAAAAACAAGUCCUGGAGAAACAAUUCUGUCUGGAAAACAGUGAAGGAAUCGGCCAAUAUGGCAACUAAAGUGGAGCAGAAUUCUGUGCUGCCAAAUCAUUCUGGGCCUGUGAAUGCCGAGCAGAAGACCAAUAAGUACGUCUCAAGUGACAAGGGCUGGAAGACACAACUGAACCUCCCUCCAAAAGACAACAGAUUGAGAACAACUGAUGUAACAAAUACCAAAGGAAAUGAGUUUGAAGAUUUCUGCCUGAAACGAGAGCUCCUCAUGGGUAUAUUUGAGAAGGGGUGGGAGAAGCCCUCUCCCAUUCAGGAAGCCAGCAUUCCUAUCGCCCUGACUGGGCGGGAUAUCCUUGCACGUGCUAAGAAUGGAACUGGCAAAACUGGUGCCUAUGCCAUUCCAAUCAUCGAACGAUGUGACCCGACCAAAGAUGAAGUCCAAGCUAUGAUCAUUGUGCCAACAAGAGAGUUAGCGCUGCAAACUAGUCAGAUCUGUAUAGAGCGCAAACAUAUUGGCUGCAAAGUCAUGGCCACCACUGGGGGUACAAACCUGAAGGAUGACAUAAUGAGACUAUACGACCCAGUGCAUGUGAUAAUUGCCACUCCAGGAAGGAUAUUGGAUCUCAUGAACAAAAACUUGGUGAAAAUUGGAAAAUGUCAGAUGCUGGUUUUGGAUGAGGCUGACAAACUCUUAUCUCAGGAUUUUAAAGGCAUGCUAGACAAUAUCAUCAAUCAUUUACCCAACAAGCGACAGAUCCUGUUAUACUCUGCAACGUUUCCUGUCACAGUUGAGCAGUUCAUGAAAAAACAUUUGAGCAACCCAUACGAGAUCAACUUGAUGGACGAGUUGACCCUAAAAGGAGUCACACAGUAUUACGCCUUUGUGCAAGAGCGUCAAAAGGUUCAUUGCCUGAAUACAUUGUUUUCAAAGCUCCAGAUCAACCAGUCCAUCAUAUUCUGUAACUCAACGCAGCGUGUAGAACUGCUGGCAAAGAAAAUAACAGAGCUCGGCUAUUCCUGCUUCUACAUACAUGCCAAAAUGAAUCAACAGCAUCGUAACAGAGUAUUCCAUGAUUUCCGCCAGGGCCUCUGCAGAAAUCUUGUCUGUUCUGAUCUUUUCACAAGAGGAAUUGAUAUCCAGGCUGUGAAUGUUGUCAUUAACUUUGACUUCCCUCGUCAUGCGGAGACGUACUUGCAUAGGAUUGGCAGAUCGGGAAGAUACGGCCAUCUGGGAGUGGCCAUCAAUUUGAUUACUUAUGAAGACAGGUUUGCAUUACACAGAAUUGAGCAGGAGCUCGGGACAGAAAUCAAGCCAAUCCCCAAGAUAAUCGACAAAGCCCUGUACGUGGCGGAGUUCCACCUGUCUGAUAUGGAUGGCCAGGAAGAAGAGGACGCUAAGCAUGCCACCCACAGCAAGAUGAGCACGCACCAAACCAUCCAGACAACCAAAUAAUCACGCAUCAAGGCAGCUUGUUGAACAUGCUCACCUUCAUCUCCCGGAGUUUUCCUUAGCAUGGCAACAUUGCCGACAACCCCAUUUUCAUUGAAAUCAUCCAUGGUCAUUCAAAUGCACACGUCAUAGGCUCCGAACCAAUGGGGAUGAGCAGGACGGUGGAACUUCCGGGUGAUAUGGAUCCAUACAUCUGAUAAGGAUUGCCAGUCAUUGGACUUGUGUGGAGCUCAUUGUAGAUAUCUCGUGUCAAGUGUAUCAACACCUGUGGAGUUUUCAUAAGUAAGAAACAGGUGUUUUCCAUGAAGUUUAACAAAAGAGACACCCCUGUUGACAUUGAAAGUGCCACUUUUUCCCCUCUACUUUUUGAAACAAUUUGCGAAAGUUAGCACAAAAUUGUAGAUGGAGGAGUUCUGUUAUAUGUUGAAGAGAUCAUUCAACUUUUCUUUAUUUCCAUCUGAGCACAAAGGGGAGAAGCUGCUGACAGUUAUUUUGGAAAGGAAUGAUAUUUUAUUCUUUAAUAAUGAAAAGGUUUAAACUGAUUCUUUACUGAUUGUAUAGCCAUGAUUGAAAAGGCUUGUUUGCCCUAUUUUUGUUGCAGUUUUAAUGUGCCCUACU